GUUUACCGGGCCGGCGGCGCAACUCCAUCACUCGUCACUAUUCGACGGUGGUUCGAGUGGCGGUCACCUGCAGCACAUGACCCCAUCAUUCGAUCCGACUGGUUUCGGCCAGGACUCCCCUUUGGCCGGUUACGGUGGUGGAGGUGGUGGUGGUGGCCACGGGGGCGGUGGAAGUGGAUCUUCGGGUUACGGUUCAGGUGGUUACGAUUAUGCGCCCCACAACCUGGCUCCAGUCAUACACAAGUCGAUAUACGUGCACGUGGCACCACCUGAUGACGAUCCGCCACGCAAGCAGCGCGUCAUCCUGCCCAACGUGCCACCAAAGAAGAACUAUCAGAUAGUGUUCAUCAAGUCACCCACUGCGCCAUCACCUACCGCACCCAUCAUACCGCCACCACCACCGCAGCCCGCCGACAAGACGCUCAUCUACGUGCUGCACCCCAAGCAGGAAGAGGCGCCGCCCAUACACAUACCGCCGCCGCCAGUCACGCAACCGCUUAAGCCCGAAGUAUACUUCAUCAAGUACAAGAAUCGCGAAGAAUCGCACGGCGGAGGAGGCGGCGAUUACGGAGCUGGUCACGGGGGUGGUGGGGUGGGUGGCGUUCUGCCGUCGCCGGGUGAAGAGUUUGGCGGCGGCGGUGGCGGUGGAGGUGACUCUUCUGGUUACGUGCACCGGAGGUACGGACGGGGAGACCAGCAGACGUCGACGCCGCCAUCCACUGCCGCAGCCUCCACCUCUGACGUCGCCGUCUCCACCACCGCCGAAGCAGCUUCCACCGAACACUACGACGAUGGCGAUGGUAUGGCGCCAGAACAACGGGAACUAGUCGAGGCCGAGGUGACUUCCGCGGCCGCCACCGCCGCGGCCUCUAUCUCCACCGCGGCAGACUCAGGCCCAGAGACGUCCGACGAGAACGCCGACGAACUGAUGCUCCGGGGCGGCUACAGUACGGAGUACAACGACGCGUCCGUUGACAGCACAAACCUAAGCGAGACCCACGUCCAGCUGUCCACCACCGCACCCAAAGGCAAAAACGGCCAUUGAUGUAUACUAUAAUAUUAAAAUGUAUUAUUUUAGUUUAUUCGCAUAAUCGCUAGGUUAUAAUAAUUGAAAAAUAAUAAUAAAAAUAUAUUAUAUAAAAAUGAUAUAUAAUAAGCAUUAUUAUAAUCGUGUAGUAAUAGUCCACGAAGAUAGGUAUCGUACUAUAAUAUAAUAUAAUAAGUUUUCUGUAUUCGACUUUAUGUGUAAAAAUAUAUUUUGAAACAAUAAUAAUAUAACAUUGUACCUUACUAUAUAUUAUUAUUAUUAUUAUUAUUAUUAUCAUCAAUAUAGUUCUGACAAGUUUUCCUUUAAGUCAUCGUUUUUUGUUCAAACUGCAGCAUUACUUCUGCGAAUAUUAUUGAGAUCUUACGCUUUAAAUAUAAGUACCUAUAUCAAAUUGAAAAUAGGAAUGAACACCGUACAAUUAGUUCCCUGCAUAACUGCUAUUAUUAUUCCUUGUAAUAUUUCAACAGGCGGUGCUCAGAUCGUGUGUCAUAAAAGAUUUGUGUAUUGUGGCGACAAAGUGUUGAAAACGGAUUAAGGAAUAAUAAUCCUUUUACUACCUGCGAAGUUUUUAUUGUGCACGUGAUACAUGAUAUAUUAUGCGAUUUCCAAGUUAGUUUUAAACGGUUUCUUCACAUACACUGUAAUAUAAAUUACCUAAUAUUAUUAUACACGAUCGUAUUAUUUUUUCACGAUAAAUUAGAUACUCAUAUAAAGUAUGUACAUUUUUAUCGAUAGAUUUCCUGAAAUCUUGACUGUUGUUAUUGUAUAAAUGUAUUGUCUUCUUAACACAUCGAUGGUUAUGACUGCUAUAUAUAGCAUAUUAGGUACAGCAAAUUCUGUCAAUUUAGCGGCACUUCGAAUUGGCCAAUGCUAUGGUAAAUGGUAAUAUAGCAAUUAAUGCUGUGGCACUCGUAGUAUCCUAUGACUUAAAAACGCGAAUUUGAACGUGUGACUGUCAAUGGUUAGGUAAGGCUUAGUAGGAAACGAAAACCGUAUAUAUUUUCGAUAUAUACUUACGGUUUCGAUACCGGCAGGAUACCCAAAAUAUAAUUAUAUUUUUAUUUGAUUUAAAAUUUAUCGUAAUAAUUCAAAUUUAACUAUAACAGGAGAAGCGAUGAUCGUGUGUAAGUGUUCCUAUUUGUUCCUGUACCUCACCUACAUGCAAAUAUUAAUUAAAAACGGAUUUAUUUUAUAUUUUACAAUGUAUUAUUGUUUAGUACCAGUCAUUUUAUUAUAUUUUUAAUUUUACAAAUAAAUCAGUUUUUGCUAAACGUUUCAGACUUUAUAUUAAAUAUAUUAUAUUAAAUGUGUAUUUUUAGAUAUUGAGAUCGAUGUAUUUAAUUUGAUCACAGAAAGGUUACAAUAUGUAUGUAACAUAGCGAGUACCUACCGAUAUUAAUAAAAUUUACCAUUUGGUUCAAUUUGCAAUUUUACAAAUCCACCAGUGUUACGCAUUAUUCGAUCUUUGGAAAAGAUGAAAAAUAAAAUAAUUCUUUUGUGUUGUAAGUAAAUACAAUUAAACAUUGAUUUAAUACAAACGGUACUAAAUACUGCUGUUCUCUAAAUAAAGUUGUCAAUAGUAAAAUUAAAUAAAAAUACAUUUCCAUUGCAAUCUAUUAUUCUGUUCUAGUCUAAUGUUUCGUUAAGGCAUCU